AUGAACUUUGACGGUGCUUCUGAUCGUAAGAGUCCGGCUGGAUCUUCUCACCAAAGUUCCCAGCGUGGUAGCAUCUCCGGAUCCCAGGCUGGUGGCUCUCAACGUGGUGCAGCUCCAAGCAGCCCUGCUCGCUCUCGCUCAGGCAGCAACGCUGGAGGCAGUCAGCCUGGCUCGCCCCCUACAUCUGGCACUGGUCCCUUCCACAAGGGCACUGGUGUUGAUCCUGCCUUUGAUCCCAUGGACCCAAAGUCUUCGCGCCCUCAGCUGAGUGAGGCUGAAUUAAUCGGUAAGCGUGUCGAUCUCCCUGCCGAGGCUUUCCGCACUCCUGGGAGCGGAUCCAUGUUUGCCAAGCGUCCUGGUUACAAUACCACCGGCAAGCCGAUCCAGGUCCAGCUGAACUUGUUCAACGUCACCAACCUGCCUGUUGGCGACAUUCAGCAAUACGAUAUCAACGUCACCCCCAACCCCAGUGAUUCACGAGCUCUGGUCAUGAAGGUCUGGCACUCGAAGGCGAUGCAAAACUGGGCGUCGAGCACCGGAGGCAUGUGGCUUUACGAUGGCCACAAGCUCGCCUGGUGCAACAAGUCAAUUCCCAAAGGCGAGGCUCGAAUCUCCGUUGACCUUGACAAGGAGUCUGGCAAAACCCAAGUCGGUAGAAAUGGUGUCUUUUAUGUCACGAUUCGAGCCACCACCGUUAUCCGCAUGCAGAUGCUCAAAGCCUACCUAAAGCAGACCGUCGAUUGGGAUACACACAUCCUGCAGUGCAUGAACUUCUUGGACCACCUCAUGCGUCAGUGGCCUAGCGAGCGCAUGGUGAUUAUCAAGCGCAACUUUUAUUCCAAAGAUGGAAUCGAACAACGCAUUGAUGAAAUGAUCGGCGUCCGUAAAGGAAUCUACUCAGCUUUCCGAUUAUGCGAGAAUGACACGAACAGCCCUUCCAUAGGUCUCAGUCUCAAUGUAGAUGUUGCCAACACAGCAUUCUGGUCGGGUGGUCAAUCCAUUGCCAACAUCGCUCAAUACCUCUGCGCUUCUCCCGCCACCCGUAAGAACGAUGUUCCUUUGGCCUUCGGCAAGCUCGCGGAUUUUCUCCGACCGAAGAAGGAAUUAGAUCGUAGAGGCAACACGGUUUUCAAUCAAUCAGAUCACUUCAAGCUUCUCCGACGCCUCCUUCGUCUCAAGUUCCAUGUUACCCACCGUGGCAAGAUGGAGAACCCCAGGAUAUACACCGUUAAACGCAUCAUCUUCGAACAGAAGUAUGGCGCCCAGGGUGCUGACUCUUUCGCUGUCACAUUCAUGCGCAAGGAUCGAGAGACUGGUAAAGAAGAGGGUCCCAUCAGGAUCUAUGAUCACUGGAUCCAGAAGUAUGGUCGUUUGGGAUACCCUGACUUGCCUCUCAUUGAGACCGAGAAAAAUGGCGUCUUCCCCAUGGAGGUAUGCAAAUUGAUUGACUUCCAGCGAUAUGCCUACAAGCUGGACCCUGAUCAAACAUCAACGAUGAUCAAGAUAGCUGUCAAUCGACCCAAGCAGCGUAAGGUCGAAAUCAAGCAUGGUGUUGAACAGCUGAGGUGGGACCAUGACCCUUACUUCCGUGAGUAUGGUGUCCGAGUUGAGAACACUAUGUGCAUCACCAAGGCCCGACUUCUCAAGAACCCUGAGGUUCACUUUGGUGGUGGCGCCAAAAUCAACCCCGGAGUGGCAGGUCGUUGGGACUUGCGUGGCAAAAGGUUCAUUGAGCCCAACCCUAAACCUCUUGUGUCUUGGGGUUUCAUCGGCUGUGGCACGAAUGAUGGUCACGCUGUUGAGAAAGAUGCACUCAAAGCAUUUGCUCAGAGCUUUGUUCGCAUCUAUCGAGGUCACGGUGGUGUUAUCAAGAAUGAUCCCUUUGUUGAGUGCUACCCUUACAAUGUCUCCUACCCUGACAUGUGUACCCGGGCCCACGAGGAGAUUGGCAAGUUCGGCAAGGCGACGCCUCAGAUAAUAUUCUUUAUUACCAGCACCCGAAAUUCGCUUGUUUAUGAGCGUAUUAAGAAGAACAUGGACUGCCGCAUCUGUCUUGUCAGCCAGAACAUGUUAGCUGACCAUGUCAAGAAGAACAACAACCAGUACUGCAGCAACGUCGCCAUGAAGGUCAACGCGAAGCUGGGUGGUGCUACAUGCCGGGCUCUUCCAGUUGGAGCCCAGCCACAGUUCUUCAAUGGCCCCACCAUGAUCUUGGGCAUGGAUGUCAGUCACGGCUCUCCUGGUUCUGGUGCGCCUUCCAAGGCUGCAUUGACCAUGUCUAUUGACAAGACCGCCACAAAGUACUGCGGGAACGUCCAAACCAAUGGUUAUCGCACUGAGAUUGUCACUGGUAUUACCAUGCACUUUCUCUUUGAACGACUCAUGCGAUAUUGGGUUCGCAUGAAUGGCUGCCCUCCCAAGCACGUCUACUAUUUCCGUGAUGGCGUGUCUGAGGGCGAGUUUGCCCACGUCAUCGACCAUGAGGUCAAGGAGUUGAAGCGUAUAUUCCGCGACGCCAGCUUUGACGUUCCUCGCUUCACUGUCAUUAUUGCCACGAAGCGGCACCAUAUCCGUUUCUUCCCCAAGCCUGGUGAUAUGACCAGUGGCGACAAGAAUGAAAACCCUCUUCCCGGUACCUUGGUUGAGCGUGAUGCAACUCACCCUUUCCAUUUUGAUUUCUACCUUGCAUCUCAUGUCGCCAUUCAGGGUACUGCUCGACCUGUUCACUACAGCGUCAUCCUGGACGAGGCUCAGGUCAAACCUGACAAAUUGCAGGACAUGAUCUAUCAACAGUGCUACCAGUACAUGCGCUCCACCACCCCAGUGUCCCUUCACCCAGCCGUGUACUACGCUCACUUGGCUUCUCAGCGAGCUGCCUCUCACGAAGAUGUCGCUGCCAGCAACCGUGAGAUGCCUUCUGGUAAGGCUGGGUUCCCGCUAGGCAAGGCUUCCUCGACUGCAUCUGGAGCCAAGCCGCCUACUGAGGCUCCUCUUCUCAUCUCCAUGGAUCACCAAAGCGCUAAUAGAUCAUCAGUUCAACACUUGAACACCACUAUGUGGUACAUCUAA